AAAGCAACUGAUAAAAAUGGGAUUUAAACUUCAAAAAAUAUAAUAUAAUUUUUUUAAAAUUUUAAAACUUGGUGUUGAGGAUGGUGUAAUCUAAAAAUAAGUACUAUAAAGCAAAAUGUACAAUGCGGUGAAGCGUGCGUUUCAUCUACUCCGAUAGCCGUAGACAAGUUACCAUGAGGUCCGUCGGGUGAAACCCUAACCCUAACCCUAACGUUCGGUGCCAUUGAAGUUGCAGAAUCAUUUUCGUCGUCAAAAACCCAUUGGUGGCCGAACCCUCAUUAGCCAGUUUAAUUUAGGUAAAGCAUUGGUGAAGUGAAGUAAUGGAUUCAAAUAUUGGGAAGAACAUAGACAGGAUCAGCAAUUUGCCAGAUGCCCUUUUGUGCCACAUUCUUUCAUUCCUUCCAACAAAAUAUGCAGUUGGAACCAGCACUCUGUCGACAAGAUGGCAAUACCUCUGGACUUCUGUUCCAAACUUGGAUUUUGAUGACUCCAAAUGUUUUCAGGAAUAUGCUCGAUUGAGUGAAGAUAAACGAAAAGAAGUUGAUUUGAGCUUUCAGUAUUUCGUGAAUAGAGUAUUGCUUCUCAGUGAUGCACCCUGCUUCCAGAAAUUUCAUCUCCAGAUUGGAGGAUCACUUGAACUUCUUGACCUUGUUGAUACAUGGAUCUCUGCUGCAGUUAAGCGUAAUGUUGAAGACCUAAAUCUUAUUAAUGGGUUCGAGAUUAAUGUUAGGUUGCCAGUUAGGCUUUUCACUAGCAAAACACUAGUGGUUCUGAGUCUUUCUGGGGUUUUGCUUGAUAUUCCUUGUUCAGUUUGGCUUCCUAGUCUUAAGAGUCUUAGGCUAGAUUAUGUUGAAUAUGGAGAUGAAGACUCAUUGCAGGAGUUCUUAAUUGGUUGCCCAAUUCUUGAAGAAAUGUAUAUACACAGGUGGACGGUGGAUUCACAAAUGGUUCUGAAUGUUUCUGUGCCUACGUUGAAACGUUUGACUGUUUUUUGUUACAGAGAUGAUUUUAUAGAUCAGCUGGAUGACUCAGAUGAACCUGAUGAUCAGGGUUGCAAACUUGUGGUAGAUGCCCCCCAACUCGAGUACCUUUAUCUUGCAGAUUGUGUGGAUAUUUUGUUAAGAAAUUUACCGUCUUUGUCCAAAGCAUCAUUUUUUGUCAGACAUGUUUGCUUAAGACGCGGAAGUUUCAUUGAUGGUCUUCGUAUGUAUAAGCUUCUUAGUGGGAUUACAAAUGUUAAGGUUCUUGAAGCACAUUUGGCUUUUCAGACUGAUGUAAAUGAUUAUAUGUUGCCUACCUUCCAUAAUUUGACCCAAUUGAACUUUGGUGCUGAUUUUGACACUAGCUGGAAUUUGAAAUUGUUGGCAGACUUGCUUCGGUGCUCGCCUAAUCUUGAAGUUCUUAUCCUAACAGGAAGUAUAUUCAGUACUUCAGCUGCAUGUUGGAAUCCACCACAAGAAGUACCCAGUUGUUUGUUAUUACAUCUCAAGAAGAUUAAUGUCAAAGCAUUUAGAGGGAAAGAUUAUGAGCUUGAUUGAUGUGAUAGAGUAUUUGCUGAGAAAUGCUAAAGUUUUGAGGAAGAUGACAAUUGACUGUCAGUAUUCAGAUGACUGCUGUUGUGGGGAAUUAGCAGCGUUUCCAAGGGGAUCAAAGACUUGUCAACUUAAUCUCCUUCUUUGAAGUUGUAAGCCACUUUUCCUGCCUUUAUUAUUGUUAUUGUUGUUAUUAUUAUUAUUGUUGUUUUGUGUUUGGGUGGGGUUAAGAAUGUCAAGUCAAUUUUCUGAAUAGCAAUAAACUCUUACUCAUUGUGGUGAAUGGCAAUGACUUUUUUAUACUCAGCAAUCAGCUCUUUUUCCAAUUAUGAGAAAAUCGGUGUGUUCCAAACAAGAUUUUUUUUUUGAAUUCCAGCUAUCCUAGCCUGGAGUUUUCUUUUCCCUUCUAAAAGUAUUGCAAAAUGUAGAGACAUUCAUUUUUUAAAAACUUUAGCCCUGUUUUAGCACAAGAAAUGGUUUGAGGGGAUCAAAGCCAUUUGACCGGUGUACUUGUGAUUUCUUUUCUCAAUUCUAGAACAGAAAGGGUGAUUUACAAGAUACGAGAGUCGUCUGCCAGAGUAUGUCCCUAUUUGUUUGUUAUCACAUCAUUUAGAAAAAUUUAACUCGUGUUGGUACAGUAUUUUAGAAAGAUUGGAUCUUUUGAAGAUGAGAAGCAGUUUGUGGUCUUCUUUGACUUCAGAGAAGAUGUUAAGCAUUUGGUUGAAAUUGUAAACCUUGCAGAGUACAGCAGAUGGAGGCUUCCAUAAGACAAAAGAGUUGUUUUUUUGACGUCAGUACUUGAUCUCAAAUAUAGAUUGAACUGCCUAUAAUCAGGAUUAGGAGGGUGUUGGUGGAUAGUCUUCAAAGGUUCUGCCUCAACCAGAGUAGAAACAACCACUUCGAUCUUUGCUAUCAGAAAAUGUCUCGUCUCAUAAACCGUUGAUGAAAUUAUUUCUGCAUUGUGUUGAAGGGCAACAAAAUACACUGUUCGUUUAUUUGAGUGCUGACCUUUGUUGGAGAGAAGUGUGCUGUUGAUGACAAGAGAUUUUCUUUUGGGUUUUCUCAAGGUUCUAAUGUUUGAUUUACUGUCACAAAAUAGACUACAAUCUUUAUGUAAAUAGUUAUCUCCCCAUCAUAUGCAGGAUUGUAUCAAAGCUUCCCUUGCAUAUUCCUACCUCUGACAUUGUCUGCUAUUAAUAGAGUUGUGAAGUAUGCUAUUUGGUAGUGUUGGGACAAUUUAAUGAUGCACUUCAACUUGGUAGUUAUAGUUAUUUGUUUAUGUAGUCGGUUUAUUUAUUUUUAUAUUAA